AUGGCCUCCAAAGGUGGUGCCAGAAGGUCUACUGUGGCACCAGUGGACAUUGAUGCUUUGCAAAGCAUCAUUGACAAGGCUGUUGAUGCCAAAGGCCUGUGUGCUUUCAAGCUGGGUGACUAUGACAAAAAAAAAGUCACCACAGCAGUGAGUGCCAAAGAAUUCUACAAAAUCUCCAGUGGUGAGAUCCUUGCAGGGCAGCUGAAGCAAUGCAUCUUAAAACAUGCCCAGUCUCACAACACCAGCGAAUGGAAAGAUGAUCUUUGGGCAGGAAAGAUUGCAAGUCAGCUGGUGUGCCUUCUCAGCCAUGUGAGAAGGUUGAGAAGGGAUGCUGGCAAAAGGAGGCAGUGCAUGCAGGGAGCCACAGGGGAGCAAAGGCAAGCCAUCCAGGAGCUUGUGGCUUUGCCUGCUGCUUGCAAGAAAGCAACUCUUCCAGUGCAAGGCUCCCCUGCUUCUGGUGAUGGCCAGACCUGCAAGAAGGCCAAAAAAACCAAGAGAUCCAGCUCUGUUUCUUCUUCUUCUGAGGCCCAGGCCUGCAAGAAGGCCAAGAGUUCCAGUUCUGCUUCUUUGCCUGCUUCUCAAGGAGCCGAGGCCUGCAAGAAGGCCAGGGUCUUUGAUCUUCAGAGGAUCAAAAGAUUCCUCAAUGAGGUGCUCAAUCCUUUGGAUUAUCAAGAUCAGGGAUUUCCAGAUCCAGAUGAUACCAGAUGGGAUCAAUAUCAGACCAAUAUCAUAGACUGUAAAGAUCAAUUUCAGACCAAUGCCAAGCCCAAGGGUGGUGCCAGAAGGUCUACUGUGGCACCAGUGGACAUUGAUGCUUUGCAAAGCAUCAUUGACAAGGCUGUUGAUGCCAAAGGGCAGCUGAAGCAAUGCAUCUUAAAACAUGCCCAGUCUCACAACACCAGCGAAUGGAAAGAUGAUCUUUGGGCAGGAAAGAUUGCAAGUCAGCUGGUGUGCCUUCUCAGCCAUGUGAGAAGGUUGAGAAGGGAUGCUGGCAAAAGGAGGCAGUGCAUGCAGGGAGCCACAGGGGAGCAAAGGCAAGCCAUCCAGGAGCUUGUGGCUUUGCCUGCUGCUUGCAAGAAAGCAACUCUUCCAGUGCAAGGCUCCCCUGCUUCUGGUGAUGGCCAGACCUGCAAGAAGGCCAAAAAAACCAAGAGAUCCAGCUCUGUUUCUUCUUCUUCUGAGGCCCAGGCCUGCAAGAAGGCCAAGAGUUCCAGUUCUGCUUCUUUGCCUGCUUCUCAAGGAGCCGAGGCCUGCAAGAAGGUUCCAAAAAAAAACCUGCAGCUAAGAGAGAUCAAGAAGAAGAAGAAGAAGAAGAACAAGGAGAAGAAGAAGAAGCAGAAGCAGAAGCAGCAGCAGCAGAAAGCUCAAGGCCUGAAAGAAGGCCAGCAGCCAGAGCAAGCCAAGAAGGAAUGGAAGCAGCAGAAAGCUUGUGGCCACCACAGUGUGGUCUUGGAAUUGGAAAAGGUGGCCAUGGAAGAAAGCAUGACAAAAGAAAAGAUGACGCAAAAGAGAGGUGGGAAGGGUGGGAAGGAGAGUCAGAAAGGCACCGCAGGAGCAGGAGGUGGCAGCAAGAAAGCAGCAGCAGCUCUGACAACAGCCUCAGAAGAGGUGGCAGGCAGCCAGAAACACAAAGAGGAAUGGGUGCCCUGGAAGAAAGGAACCGCCAAAGCCAAAGGGCCCAAGAGGAUGGCCAAAAAAGAGGGCCUGAAAGAAGGCCAGGCCAAAGCAGCAGCUGCUCCUUCCUCUGGCGCAGCUUCUUCCAGUGCACAAGCCCAAGGCUCAAGCCAGAACAGGAGGGCCCAAAGCCCAAGGGUGCAGGAGAAGAAGCAAAAAGGCCUGAAAGAAGGCUGGGGCCCUGACAGGGAGAAGCCCCUGCAGGAAGGCAGCAGGAAGUGGAGGAUGAUAAAAGAAAGGGAGAAGGAGGUCUGGGAGGAGGAGCAGCAAGUGAUGCUUGAAAGAAAGCAGCUGCUAGAGGAGAAGGCAGCCUUCCUGCAGGAGCAGGCUGCCUGGCUGCAGCGCCAAAGGGAGGAGGAGACAGGAGAGGUCAAAGAGGAGCCUGCAGAGAAGGAAAAGCCCAAGCAGGAGGAGGAUGAGACAGAGGAGAAGGAGAAGGAG